AAAAACAAGGCGCCAGACCAAAACAAAUUCAAAUGAAAUAUUCAGAACCAACUGAAUCUGAACCAAAAUCUUCAGUAAAAAAGCCAGAUGAAGUCGAAAAACAAAAGGAAAUGAAAGGUGAAGGUGAGUUGGUAAAACAGGUACAAUUUCCAUCAAAAAUUCUUCAUUUCACUUUUUAUAAUUAUUGCCCCAAAUAUUUCCUAGUUGGAAGACCUAUAACUUCAAUGGCACUUGUUCUCUAUUGGCCAGGAGAAAAAUGUAAGAGGACGGAAUGUGCUCUACCAGUCGGUACACCCUUUGUCAAAGAAGGCUUUUUCUUGCAUGGAUAUUGGCCACAAUCAACAGGAAACAACAACAUGUUGUGUUGUCAGACUAAAACACCUCUUUCACUCGCUGAAAAAAUUAUAUUUGGAGAUGACACUUUGAAAGACCUUAUUUAUAGAAAUUGGAUGUCGAUUUCAGUUUGUGCCGUUUCUCUUUACCAAUACGACAAACAUGGAUCUUGUGCACAAAAGAUUUUUGAAGGGCCAAAUGGUAUCAAAGAUUACAUGAGAACAACUAUUGCACUAUACCAAAAAUACAAUUUGUGGAAAAUAUUACAAGAAAGCGAAUUACAAGUUGUCACAAACAAAUUGUAUAACAUUGAACAACUUAAAAAAGUUUUGCGUAGAGAAAUUGGUUGUGAGGUGAUAUUUACUUGUGUUGAAAUGACAUCAAUUUUUGAUGUUAAAAUGUGCUUUGAUCCAAAUUCAAAUCCAUUUAACCCAACUUUCAUAAAAUGUCCAGAUAAAAAUUACAGAGAAGAGAAAAGAAGGUGUAGCAAAGAAGUUAUGUUUGAGGAGUUUCCCAAAUAUUUGCUCGAUCCUGUUACUUCCCCAAGGAACAAUUGUCCUUAUUGA